AAAUCCGCUUUUGCGGCCCACUAGCAAGUGGAAUUAAGUGCAAGUGUCUAGUGCAUGAUAUCGUUGAGUGCACUGCUGACCAAAUACACGCUGGGCAUCAUGAGCAACUUGGGACACAAUCAGCCAACGGGUGGAGCAGGUUCAGGUGCUAGUGCUGGUGGGCACGGAGUGGGCGGCGGUGUUGGCAGCAACAAUGGCAAUGGUAUACAAAAUCCCGCAGCCGAAGGUAGCAUGGAGCGCGGCAGCUGCCUGCUACGCUAUGCAAGUCAAAAUUCUUUGGAUGAGAGCUCCCAGAAGCAUAUUCAGCGCCCAAAUGGCAAAGAUCGCACCGUUGGCCAGUAUCAUAAUGAACAACAUACCACACGCUCAUUCGAGGCCAUGAACGAAAUGCGCAAGCAAAACUUACUCUGCGAUGUAACUUUGGUGGCCGAUGAUAUUGAAAUUCCUGCACACAAAAUGGUACUUGCCUCCUGUAGUCCCUACUUUUAUGCCAUGUUCACUGGCUUUGAGGAGUCACGGCAGGGCCGCAUAACACUACAAGGCGUUGAUCAUCGUGCUCUUGCAUUGCUCAUUGAAUACGUUUAUACAUCUACAGUGGAAGUUAAUGAGGAUAAUGUGCAGGUGUUAUUACCCGCUGCAAAUUUGCUGCAGCUAACCGAUGUACGUGAAGCAUGUUGCGAUUAUUUACAAACACAAUUGGAUGCCAGCAAUUGUUUGGGUAUACGGGAAUUCGCAGAUAUUCACGGCUGUGUCGACUUACUGAACUAUGCAGACACUUAUAUAGAACAACACUUCAAUGAAGUAAUUCAAUUCGAUGAAUUUCUCAAUUUGAAUCACGAACAAGUGACUAGUUUAAUAUGCAACGAUCGCAUUUGUGUUCCAAGUGAAGAAAAAGUAUACGAAUGUGUCAUAUCAUGGAUACGUUAUGAUCCGACUAUGCGAGAGCAAUAUACCGCAAUUUUAAUGGAACAUGUACGGUUGCCAUUUCUCUCCAAAGAAUACAUAACUCAACGCGUGGAUAAGGAGCCAUUGUUAGAUGGGAAUAUCGUAUGCAAAAAUUUGAUAAUUGAAGCUUUGACUUAUCAUCUACUACCGAAUGACACCAAAUCUGCACGUACCAUUCCACGAAAGCCAGUUGGUUUGCCGAAAAUACUCUUAGUAAUAGGUGGACAAGCACCCAAAGCAAUACGUUCGGUAGAAUGUUACGAUUUACGCGAAGAGAAGUGGUAUCAGGCAGCCGAAAUGCCGAAUAGGCGCUGUCGUGCCGGUUUAGCUGUACUAGGCGAUAAAGUUUACGCUGUUGGCGGCUUUAAUGGUUCAUUGCGUGUGCGCACAGUCGAUGUUUAUGAUCCCGCUACCGAUCAAUGGGUCACUUGCAACAGCAUGGAGGCACGACGCUCAACACUUGGUGUCGCCGUGUUGCACGGUUGUAUUUAUGCUGUCGGUGGUUUUGAUGGCACCACAGGUCUCAGCAGUGCGGAAGUAUUUGAUCCCAAGGCUGAACUCUGGCGUCUUAUCGCAUCUAUGUCUACUCGACGUAGCUCUGUAGGUGUUGGUGUUGUCAAUGGCUUACUUUACGCCGUUGGCGGCUAUGACGGUUUUUCACGCCAAUGCUUAUCAUCCGUGGAACGUUAUAAUCCUGACACAGAUAUUUGGUGCCCAGUAGCCGAUAUGUCUGCACGUCGUUCUGGCGCUGGUGUUGGUGUGCUUAAUAAUAUACUAUAUGCUGUGGGCGGUCAUGAUGGGCCCAUGGUGCGCAAAUCGGUAGAAGCUUAUGAUCCUGAGACAAAUCAAUGGCAUGCUGUGGCUGAUAUGGCAUUCUGCCGUCGCAAUGCUGGCGUUGUGGCACAUGAUGGUGUAUUGUUUGUGGUUGGCGGUGAUGAUGGCACUUCCAAUUUAGGUUCUGUCGAGGUAUACUGCCCCGAGACUGACACCUGGCGCAUAUUGCCUGCUUCGAUGACUAUCGGUCGCAGCUACGCGGGUGUAUGUAUGAUAGAUAAGCCCAUGUGA